AUGGAGGAAUUGAGGAGAUUGCAGCUUGUCAAUCUCAAUCCACUUACUGUUGGUAUGAACAUUCAUGCUGAAGUGGAAACCGAGAGGGAAUUAAGGACCCUUGAGGAGGAUGAGAUCAAGAAAAAGAACUACACAAUUAGAGUGUUAUUCAAUCAAAGAGGUGAAAGACUUGACACUUUUGAGGCCAUGUCUAACGAAGUGGUUGGUUUCUUUGUGAACCAGUUAGUUAUAGCUGAUCCUGAGGUCAAGGGCAGUAAUGUUAGCACUAUUAAGGAGUUAUUUGGCUAUUCGUUACCAAAGUGUGCAGCUGAAAACUUAUGCAAGAAUGUCUCUGAUACUAAAAUUAAGGAGGCCUUGUGGAGGCAGGGGAAUAAGUCACCUGGUCCAGAUGUCUAUAAUGCUUUCUUUUUUAAGAGAGCGUGGGCGGUUGUAGGAGAAGACUUCAUGACAGCAAUAAGGUACUGUUUCGAUCAUUCUUUUAUGCUUCUCUCAUUCAAUGCAACAGUUGUUGUGUUAGUCCCUAAGGUCCUAAAUCCGAGCCUAGUUAAAGAUUUUAGGCCAAUCUCAUAUUGCUCUGUUGUUUACAAAACUGUCACUAGAAUCUUAGUGGAUAGACUCUCUUCGGUCUUUCCUGGCAUGAUUUCUAUGAACCAAACUGCAUUUGUGAAAGGAAGAAGCAUAGUUGAUAAUGUUUUAUUAGCCCAGGAAAUUGUUAGAGGUUACUCUAGGAAGAAUAUGUCUCCUAGAUGUGCACUCAAAAUUGACUUGCAGAAGGCUUUUGAUUCCUUGAACUGGAGUUUAUAG